AUGCCUCCCACACCAGACUGGGAUCCUUCUUUAGAUGGGACUGCAGACGCUCGCAGUAUCACUGUGCUGGCCGUCAUAGAAUAUCCGAAAACAUCAGCCAGUUCUGGUAAGAAGAGUGGGAGGCCAGCGAAGACGGAGAAGAAAAAGGAGUUGGACUUUGUGUUUGAAGAAGGCCAGGAUGCUUAUUUACGGCUCCUACGUGCCCUGUUAGAACGGCAUGGACAGAAUAAAUACCGUGUCACGGCGAGAAAGCCUUUUAGCAUCCAAGCUCUUGUCCCUCCUCAAAAAGUCAAAAAAAAUGCUCGUACAAUCGACGAUACAUCUGACUUCAAUGAUUUAGUUCGACGUAUUGAGAAGAACAAGAAGAUCGAGUUGGUCACCAUCUUUGUUGACCUUCAGGAUGUCGCAAAGGCAUGCAAGAUACAGCAAGCAGGCGAUGCCUCCAAUAAUGGCCAAUCGAGCGGUGACUCUGACUCAGAUUCCGCAGAUGACAUGACCCAUGAUCCUGCUCAAGAUUCUGAACGCAACCGGGGACUCCUCCAUGCGCACGGCAUGCUUUUCAAGGAGUGGAGCGACAAGACCACCGGAGCAAAGACCUUUAGGCCGGAGAAAGUUGGCCUGCAGGGCGAGCCAUUCUAUAAGCACCAAACCACGGUGAAGACCCCUCCCAAUUGUGAUGCUUUCAACCCCCAAAAUCACCAGGUCAUCCUCCACCCCAAGCGCAAAGCGGCAGUUGCUGCAGCACACGCUCCACCGGCCACCAGUGACAUCACGGCCCUUGCUCAGAUUAUCACCGCACUUCGCCCUGACAUAUCGACUCCCACCUCGACCACGCACGUUUCAAAGCCUAAUCCUGUGGCGCCUGCUGCCCCUGUGCCCAGUACUCCGACUCGACGCCACCAUAAUACCGCUACUUCUGAGCCGGCUAGAUCCCCUGCUCGCCCAACACCGACUAAGCUUCGCCGUUUUCUCGAGCACGCAGAAGCAGAAGUCGGUAUUGAAAAUGCGACGCUAUACCAGGGACGCUUAGAGCUCGAACGAUAUGGCCCCGACAUCUUGCACGAAGUGGACAAUGCUGACCUCCGAAAGCUUGCAAUUCCACCGGGCGACAUCAUUCGUCUCAAGCGUGCUGCCCCAAAAUGGUACAACAGUCCCGCCGUAAAGCGCUCUCGCUCAUCCUCUCCUGACACCGAAAAGGCAGCCCCACGUAAGACUGAGGAUUAG